CCUCAUCAUUACAAAUGGCUUUUGUAUAAACUUUGCUAUAGUAGAGAAGAUCAUGUCUAUAAGUAAGUAUAAAACCAGCGGUUUGGGGCAUGCUCAAAUAGUCUUUCUGAAAAAGCCAACUUGAAUCCAAGCAAUAUUAGCAAUUAUGAAAUUAACAGUGCUACUAACCAUUGUGGCGGUUUGCUUUGGCGCACCUGCUGACAUUGGCAGCCAACUUGACCAUCCCUCUCCUGUCAACCCAACUGUUUUGAUUGACUUGAAGCCAAAAGAAAAAAUUACACUUAUUUCCGAUGCUAAUGAGCUAUCUAAAUAUAAACGUCAAACCAUUGCUCCAUUGUAUCCCACUGUAUUGCCGGAGGAAAAAUUCCAUCAUAUAACGAAGAGAGGGAACAAUGAGGCAGUGAGUAAACGCGACAUUCCAGUGCCAUUAGUGGCAAAACACAAACACCCCGAUGUCUUGAACAAAUCUGGAAGUGAUACAGAUCCCAAGGAUAAAGUCGAACAUAAGCCACCAGAGGCGGAUCUGAAGUUAAAUGAGGAUGUUGGUGAAUCAAAGAUUUCCCAAAAAACUGAUGGUCAGAACCUUACCCGCAAGAACGACAUCGUAAAUAACCCAUCAGAUUUGACCAAUGUGUUACCUCACGAAGCUUCAACGACCACACAACAUCCAGUAAUUAGGCCGAAACCAGUUCCAGUAGCAGAACUUUUUGCAAGACAUCAAGAUCACACUGCCUAAUUGACAUGGUCAUCCACAUACAGCUUUCGAUUGGUGAAGCGGGCUAUAAUGACUUUUAAUCAUACACCAUUUGUAUUUGCGAAAAUGAUUCCCAAUAUAAAAACUAAAUAUUGUAACGUGGUUGCCUUAAAGUUUAA